GGAAAAAUCUCUAAGAAAUUUUAAUGAAACAUAUUGCCAAAAAUAAUUGUUUAAUAAGUGUAAUAAAAAAUGGAUUGGCAACUGCUCACUUUAAUAGACCUGAGAAACUUAAUGCUGUACAUCUUGCAAUGUGUGAAGACAUUAUUGAAAGUACAAAAAUUUGGAAUUAAAAUUCUGAAGUGACUAUUUUAAAAGGAAAUGGUAGAGCAUUUUCGGUUGGAGGAGACUUAAAGUAAAAUAGUAAAUGAAAUUAGACAUGUAUUAAAUUUAUCAGAAAGAAAAAAUGAUGAAUCAAAUGUAUCUAAAAUUGGUCACUUAGGAGAUGAAGCUAAAAAAGCAGUUUAUGCAAUGAGUUCAACUGAUAGCAUUUUAAUAACAAUUAUGAAUGGAUAUGCUAUGGGAAUAGGUGCUGGAUUUGGAAUAAAUUCUCAUUUUAGAAUAGCAACUGAGAAUUCUAUUUUUUCUAUGCCUGAAUGUAAAGUUGGUAUUGUACCUGAUGGAGGAUGUGGUUUAUAUUUUAGUAAAAUGCCUUAAAAUUUUGGUUUAUAUUUAGGUAUGAGUGGAGAACAAAUUGAUGGAGUUAAAAUGGCUCAUUUAGGAAUUGCUGAUUUUUUAAUUGAAAGUUCUUUAUUACCUGAAAUUGAAGAAGAAUUUGAACAUGCUUAAUUUUUAAGAGAUGAAGAAUCUAUUUGUGAAUUCUUAUUAUAAAGAUAUUGUAAAAAACAUAAAACAGAAUUUAAAGUCCCUAAAUAAUUUGGAAAUGUUUUAGGUUUAUCAUCAUUACCAUCUAUAAUGUCAGCUAUGGAAGCAUAAUUUCCAUAAUAAGCAUAAUAAAUUAGAAAAAAUAGUGCGUUUUGUGUUUAUGCUUUUUAUGAAUCAUUUAUGAAAAAUAAAAAUGCUAAAUUAACACUUAAGGAUAAUCUCAAAAUGGAAUAAUGUGUCCUUGAUAAAGUUGUUGUUAGAAAUGAUCUUGUUGAAGGCUUAAAAAGUUUAUUUGUUGAUAGAACUUAUAUACCUAAAUUUAAUCCAAGAACAAUUGAGGAAGUAAAUCUAGAAGAAAUUCAAAAAUGUUUUGAACCUUGCUUCAGAAAAUUGUUUGAUGAUUGA